CAUCAUGAGCUUGACAGACGACCGAAGGGUAAGCUUGAGUUUCGCGCUGCCAUCACACAAAGCGGUUUCUGGAGCGUUGCACUUUAGUCGAAGAAAACAUCUAUAAUCAUGUCUGAGGCUGAGUUUCAAAAAGCGGCAGAGGAGGUCAAACAUCUGAAAACAAAACCGGCAGACGCCGAGAUGCUGGAGAUUUACAGUCUGUACAAACAGGGCACCGUAGGAGAUGUAAACACCGCUCGACCUGGCAUGUUAGACUUUACUGGAAAGGCCAAAUGGGAUGCCUGGGAGACAAAGAAAGGCAUGAGUAAGGAGGAUGCUGUGAAGGCAUACAUCGCUAAGGUUGAAGAGCUGAAGGGGAAGUACGGAAUCUAAUGAAUGGAAUCUGCCUUUUACCUGUUCCGUUUUCCCAUCAAUCGCCUUAAUGCCUCCAGUGUGUCCCCUCUCAAUUGUGUUACGGUUACACUGGAGCAUGCAGACUCUGUGGUCUGUGUUAGGCACAGUCCUCGCAGGCCAAGAGAAAUAGUCCACCAGCAACCUGUAGUGAAAAUGGAUUUCCCAUUUUUUUUAAUUAAUGCAAGUUUUUGCAAUGCUAUAAAAUCAAGUUUUUCCAAAA